AUGGAAGUAUUCACAGAAAUUACUACACCGUCGUUUUAUCAAAGAGGAUCGUCGAGUGGACAACAAACGAAAGACGAAGAGAAGGGCGAAGAAGGUGAUUGUGACGUGGAACACCUGUGCUGCAGAGAAAACGAGGAGCAAGGAGUCUGCCUGAUCACCAGUUCUAGCGAGAUCCAGGGGGAUCCAGGAAUCAGGAAAGCUACGGGCGUGAAGAAAAACGGGUUGAAAAAGAUCGAUGAACUGAUAAAAAGGAAAGAUGACCGAUCGGUGGUGGAAAAUACGAUUUCCAAAUCGGCUGAUGGUGAAAAACCUAUUUUCGUUGAUUUAACGACCGACGAGAAGAUUAUACGGAAGCAAACCAUCCCGAAGCGUUUCUGUGAUGUAAAACCUUUGGUUGAAAUCAACGAAGAAGAAAAGGGAAUCGAUAAUCGCUCCACCAGCGUUGUGAUAGAGCCCCGGAUCAUGAUAGCAGACAGCUCGAGCAAAUCGCAGAACGCGAGGACCGGAAGUCUGGCGACAGCACUGCGGGAUCGUGGGCCAUACUUAAUUCCAGUGCAACCGAAUCGUUCCUUGCCCAUUCUCCCUGCUCCGUUGCCCUCGCGAUCGUUCCGCAAGAAUGGUCCAUCGCUAGUGUUUCUAUCGAAGUCAGCCAACCUGGACGUGGUCGAGCUGGAGUCGGGGGAACCGAUCGCGAAUAAGACAAUUCACAAUCGAAACAACGUGAAUGAAGACACGGUGGAGUCAUCGUUAAGGACUUCCUUGUGUACCAAGGACUACGUAGCUCCGCGGAUUACGAACGUGGCAAGUUUCGGCGGAACGAAGAGGAAGAUCAACGACGAUGGCGAUCAGGGAAAAGCCGGUAGCAAGGAGAACAAGAGAAAGAAAAAGUCGCAGGGGACGAAUUCGAACCAGGCCAAAGAGGAUGGCUUGAAGAGUUCAGUUAAAAAAUUCAUAAAGACAUUCGGCAGCUCGACCGAUAGCAACGAGACCCGUAAUCGGUGCGGCGAUAAAUGUACCAAAGCAGUUUCGACUACUAGGAAGGAAAGCUGCGGGAAGGUGGUGCCUCCGUUGAGGUUGAAAAAAAUUAUACGUAUGGAAACAGAAAGGUACAAUAAUUCUCAGAUCACGACAAGAACCAAACACGAAUCAAAUUACAAGGUCAUCAGAGACAAGACGUCUCAUUCGCGGUCAAAUCCAAAUUCUACGACUUUUUGUAUCAGCUCACUUCAUGAAAAAGAGGCAAACCUGAAUUCCCUAAAAAACGAUAACUACAAAGUGAAAUAUCGGCGCAAUAGAUUGAAACAGAAGCUCCGAGAACUAAGGGGUAAAGCGUCCGAUUUAGCUAAACAAAUGGCGAAUGACACCAGCUCCCAGCAAAAUACUAGAUUGAGGCAGAUAAUGAACCGGUAUCAGAAACAGAUUGAAAAUCUAUCGAAAUUGCACAGCAAACUGUCUGCGACACUUUCAACCCCUGAAAAAGGGGUUAAUGUUAAUGCUAACAGCGAUCUUGGAUGUCCGUCGGAAGUCGAAUAUCUUUCUGCUGGAUUAAAUGAAACUGAUAAUGUAUCUAUGAAAAAUGUAUCUCUAGUUCCUUCUCCUGAACCACCGAAAUUGUCUCCCCGAUCUUCGGUAAGCUACGAAGAUAUACCACCCGAAGAGAUUAGGGACAGUCCUCCUCUCUUACCCCGCGUUUGCCUGAACCUUUUGUCCGGUCAGGAUGAAGAGUUCCAAGUUUCUGAAAGUAAAAUCUGGCCUAUGAACGAUGUUUCCACUGAUCCCGUUAGAAAUAGUUCUCUAGCAAAAACUUCAAUUAGUUUAGAAGAAUCUAGACAAACGACAAAUAAUAGUCUGAACGUACUAGUGGAUGAUUUUAAUGUCGACAAAAGGUAUUUGAAUUUUUCAAACAAUGUCGUACAACUUCUUGAUAAUAAUCAUUUGGAAGAAAAAAAGGAGAAAGAGAAACAUGAAAUGGAGGAGGAGCUUUCGCCGGGUCGAUUAGUGAUCCACGAAGAAGAGAAGAUUAAUAACAUUAAAUUCCCUGAUUCUGGGCCAAUUAUCAGCUCAGUAAUAAGUGGUCAGGAAGCAGCAGCUAAUGUUUCCGGCGAUAAAGUAUUUGAUUCUACCAGUGGCAAACAAGUUUUGAAAUCCGAUUCUUAUGAAUAUAGUCAGAAGGAACCAUUUACAAAAGUCACUUCGAGUUCUAGUCAAUCCAUUCAAAUUCAAUUUAUGAAAGAAGUUCCUUCAAGACAGGAAUCCAUUACAGUACAACAACAUUACAAAGCAGAAAAGCCAGCUAUUGAUGCUGCUCAGGAGAACACCAGUAGCUAUACCAUUACUGAACAAUUCCCAACUUUGGGUAACUGGGUAGCUCGAAUGUCUAAGAAACAAUCUUCGAAAUCCAAGUCCAAGUUACAGAAUAUGGGAACUGUUUCAGUUAAUGGAACAACUGAAAAUCGUAUCCAAGAAAGAGUACCCGAGACUGAAAGACAGAAAAUAAUUGCCCCCAAUGCAUCUAAUGAUAUUAUGGAUACAAAACUUGAAUAUAGUCCUGAGGGAUGGCAGUUCUAUCAUCACCAGCAACAGCGACAACAACAGUUGUUGCAACAUGUUGCAUCUGUAACACUUCCGCAACCAGUUCCAAUGGUUCCUCCUUUCCGACCUGGCAUCUAUCCACCUAUUCCAACGAAUCAAUAUUAUCGAAACAACUAUGCUAUUGACUCCUACAACAGUGCAGCCUUCAAUUAUCCAACAAUUUGUCCCUACAGUCCUUACUCAUACCAUUCUCGGCUACAUCCAGCAGCACUGUCAGGGUACCAUUUUCCCAUGCAAGAAGGCCUUCGACCGUUGCAACAUGUAGAUAAAUGUUUCCUUCCUCCAGAAGAAUCUGUAAUGAAGUAUUCUUCACCUAUAAUGAACAAUCUGCAACACUCGACCGCUCUACCUCCUGAUCGCCUUCGAGGGAGUAUUAGUGGCAGCAACGUUGGUGUAGCUAGCUUGCCAUCCCUCUUUUUGCCACCUUCAUCUUUGUCCUCGUCGCAGCAAGCUUUAUCCAGACUUCCUUUGCCUGGAUACUCGAAGAAAAAUCAAUUUUCUCGAAACAGAAUGAUUCCCAAUGUAGUAGCUGCUGCAGCAGCGGCUGCGGUUGUCGCAGCAGCCUCCUUGGAUAGGCAACGCGACCCGUUGCCGUGCAAUAAUGAUGAAUCAAACACGGCUAUACCAAACAUUAUGGAUCCAGAGACACCUAACGUGGCGAGCUCUAGCAAAUCAGAUAUUCCUCGCUCAACAAGUCAAUCGCGAGACUCUGGAUUCUCUGGAAACGUCCAUAAGAAUAGCACUAAGUAUCGGCAGAUGCAGAAUUUCCUGUUCGAUCAACUCGGACUCAUUUCAACGUCCAACAAUUUCAUUCAGUCAAACACUACGAGCGACAGUCAAUUACAAAUGGCUACUGCUGUCCCUUCGCCACAGCAUAAGCUUUUAGUUCCACAAAUUACUAAGAGCAAUCCUGAAAAUGAAGUUCGAAACUGUGAUACACCGCACUUGGGCAAACUAAGUCAUAGUCCUAACAGUUUGCAUAAUUUGACUUGCUCAAAUUGCGGACUUAUCGCGCCGAAAUUCAAGUGUCUCGGUUGCGAAUUGGUUUUCUAUUGUGACGUACGGUGCCAAGAGAAACACUGGAAUCUCCAUGUCCAAUGGUGUCCGAAAAAAAUGCCAAAAUUGAAGAAGGUUACUUGA